AAAAAUCCCUCACCGUAAGAACAAUGGACCAGUGGAAAAGAAAGGCCAGAGAAGUGGUGGACUCCCGGUCCCUGGCAAUACUCAAGGCUCGCCUUGACAGGGCUCUGGAAAACCUAAUCGAAGGCCCUGCUUCCCAAGAGAAAGUCAGACCAGAUGAUCUCCAGAGGACCCUUCCAACCUGGACUUCUCUGGGAUCCAAUGUCCCAGAGCAGGGGCCAACACAGGCCAAGCAAGACAGGCCUGUGGGUCAGGCUCUUGGAGGGUGACCGCAGGAGAGGCCGUCUGGGGCUGUGCUGCCCCUGAGGGCUAGGGGCCCUCUGCAAGAGCCCAGACGAUACCCACUGCUGGCAGGACUGCCGUGGGGCGUCAGCGUGGCAGGAGCAGCGGGGGGAGCUGGCUGUGCACGUGGGCUCCCUCCUGCCCUUCCUGCCUGCUGCAGGAACCUGCCCUUAGUGAGCAGGGAGACUUUUCCCCGCCAGCGGAGCUGCCUUCCCUGGCUUUGUGGAGGAAACUCCCGCGGGUGGUUUGUCAGGAGCCUCCUUAAAGGCAAACCCAGCCCUCUUGGCUGCAUGUCACACCUGGGCUGAACAUGCAAACUCAGAGAGAGAGCAGGAGAGUGCAGGGAGGGAAGGAGAGCGGGAGCACAAGGCUUGUGUGGGCCAGCCAGGAGCCUUUUGUUCGUCCUCAGCUGCCACCCGGAGGUGUGAGAGCUCCCUUGGGCAGCCCAGCCCAGGCGCCAGGCUGACCGGACACCCACUCACUGCAGCCGCCAUGGCCAGCGCUGACGCAGACUUGGAGGCGGAGGCACUUCCCCAUAUUUCUGAAGGAGACGUGAAUGAGAUAAGGGCUGCAGUAGAGAAAGGAGACCUCACAGCAGCAGCUACAAAAGCCCAGGAGAUCCUGGCUAAUGAAGAAAAGAUCCAGCUCCACAUUGCUGUAACAGGAGAGUCAGGCUCCGGGAAAUCGUCUUUCAUCAAUGCCGUGCGUGGCCUGCAGGACCAUGAGCAGGGUGCAGCUGAGGUUGGAGUGACAGAGACAACGGUGCAGUGCAGCCCUUAUCCUUGCCCCCAGGACUCCCACGUGACUUUCUGGGACCUGCCCGGCAUUGGGACACCCAAUUUCAGACCAGACACCUACCUGCAGCAGGUGCAGUUCGACCGCUAUGACUUCUUCAUCAUCAUCUCCUCCAGCCGCUUCACAUGCAAUGCUGCGAUUCUGGCAGAGGCAAUUCAGGCUCGGGGGAAGCAUUUCUACUUUGUGCGCUCCAAGGUGGAUCAGGACGUGAGCAAUGAGCAAAGACUCUACGAUGAGGAGGGAGUCCUGAAGGCCAAAGGGAAGAAAGCUACUGCGACCCGGUCACAGCACUAUGAUGAGAGGACAGUUCUGGAUAGGAUCCGUCAGGACUGUGAAAGUAACUUGACAGAGCUGGGCAUAAGCUCCCCUCAAGUCUUUCUUGUCUGCAGGGAUGGUUUUGGCAGGAAGUACGAUGGUCCCAGACUGUUGCGGACCUUCCUGGAUGAUCUGCCAAGCCAGAAGAAACUCAGCUUCCUACGGUCCCUGGCCAACACUUCAAAGGAGGUGCUGAGAAAGAAGAAGGAGGAGCUGAUGAAGUAUGUCUGGCUGAAAAGCCUUGCGUCCUGUGGAGCAUCUGCUGUUCCCAUCCCUGGUCUUUCUACCGCUGUUGAUAUUGCAAUCCUGGUGACAUCCCUGCAAGAGUACUGCCGGACCUUUGGCCUGGCUGAGGACUCCCUCCAGAAACUUGCAGAGCAGGUGGACAAGCCUGUUGAGGAGCUGAAGGCUGUCAUGAGGUCCCCCCUGCACCACGAAAUAUCCAAGGAUCUUGUAAUGAAGCUGUUGACCAAAAGCUUUGGGGGUGCUGUGCAAUAUCCACUGCUUGUGUUAAAAUCCAUCCCCAUAGUGGGGGCUGUGAUAGGCUGUCUGUUGUCGGCAGCAAUUGCUUUCCCUAGCACGUUCUUUCUGUUGAGGAAUUUCCUGUCUGAUGCUGCUGCUGAUGCCGAACGUAUUCUGCAGCGGGCUUUAGAGGGGACGAGUCAGAAUAGCCCAAAGGGGAGCUGAGCACAAAGUGUGUGAAAGGAAUGUGGGGAGCUCCCAAGAGCAGCGGGGAGAGGGGCUGAGUCCGGCCAUCUGCAUUCUGCACGGGUGGCCAAUGCCUUGCUGUCUGGAAGUGCUGCGGGGUGCUCUGGUGGUGCCGGGGAGUGGGGUGAACUGCUGAAGCGCUGUGUGUCUUGGCACCAGGACAGCUCAGGAGCAGUGUGACCAAGGGGACGCAGAGGUGGGCAUAGCAGGAGACGUUCUCACCUGGAAGCUCUGUGGUCCAGGAGGAGCCGCUCGGGAGGAGCGUCUGGGCAGAGAGGCAUCUCCUUUGGGAGCCACUUGAGGGCUGGGGCUCUCCAGCAUAGAUGCCGAGGGAGGCUGGGGACAGGCCUGUGUGUUGGGUGAAGUCCCCAGCCACGUGUCCCUGGUGCUAGCGCUGGGGUGCAGGCUCAGAUUACAAUCUCUGCCUUGAGGAGGCCACCAGUGAUUAUUCCCUGAGGCUCUGCUUCUGAAGAGCUGACGGACAGUCCGGUUAAGGAGAAGUCUUGCAGCCCGGAGAACAAAGAUCCUGCACCAUGUGGCAGGGAUGCCUCUCUCCAGCGUGGCUGCCUGCAGGGCAGAUGUCUCCACUGGGGCUGGUGUGCUGCCUUCCGCGUCGCUGAGGAGAAACCAGCUGCUCUGGGAGUCUGCGAGUCCCAGACCCAAGUCCACGUCUGCCCUUGGCCACAUGCAUCCUCAGUGCCCACUUUGGCCUUCUGCCUGGCUGCCCCAGCAGCUGCCAUCUGCUUUCCCCAAAGGUGACACACCCAAACCCACAAAACACCCCCCCGUCCCAGCUUGGCCAUGAGGUGCCAGCCCCAUGGAGCCCUCAGGGGCUGCAUGCUACCCUUGCCAUGCACACCUCGCCCUUCUUGGCGCUGCCCCUCUCCCUUGGACGCCCCUGCCAUCUCCCCCUGGGAUGGUCAGUGCUCCAGGCUAGGGAGGACUCUCUCUGCUCUUCAUUUGCACCACGUGUGUCGUGGGGACAACCCAGGACACAGCCGCUCCUGCCUGCUCCGGGGUGCUGCUGCGCGGCCGUCACAGCAGUAAAAUAAAGUACACUUAGAACAGCCA